AUGAGAUGUCAUAUAAAACAGGAGAUCUUUUCAAAGUCUUUGCAAAGUACAGGCAAAUUCAAUGAAGACCACUGGUCCUGUUGUGGAGUAAACUGUUAUUAUUUUACCAGUGAAAAUGAAAACUGGAUGGGAUGUAAAGAGACUUGCGAAAGUUACAAUUUAUCUCUUUUGAAGAUAGAUGAUGAAGAUAAACUGAACUUUGUUCAACGCCAGACUUAUAGAGAUAGCUACUGGAUUGGAUUAUCAUACAAUGCAACGGAAAGUAAGUGGAAAUGGAUUGACAGCGGCAUGUCUUCUGGAAUGUAAGUCUCUGGAAUGCAUCCAAACUCUCAUAUUGGUGUUGGAGUUGGAAUUGUAUCUAAAAGGAAUCUUCUCUUAUUUUGCACAGCUUCACUCAUUUUCAAGCAGACGUCACUGGUAAGAAUAAGUAGAAUGACUAAGAAAGUGUUUUAGGAAGUAUGGGUAAAAAGGAAGACAUGCAUCAUACGGAGUUAUUAAUAAUAAUAAAAUUAUGAUUCUAAACGCAUGCUUAGAAGGAUGUGUUAUGAGGUACACAAAAUCAUAAAGUGAAGUGAUCUGAAGAGAUUGGACCAUCCUGACUUAGCCAAAGUGAUCCCUCCCAUAACCUCCAAUGAGUAUUUUGAAUAUUCCAAAAACUCAUUGGAAACUCCUUUACAUUAUUAGCUUCUAUUAUCUAUAAAUAUAAAUACAUGUGAGAAUACACACACACAUAUAACUUCACUAUAGUUCUUCUAUUUUGAAGUGCAGUAUUUUUUAAACUCUUGAGUUUAUGUUUAAUUAUAGUCUGCUGUUAAACUGUUCAAUGAC